CACACACACACACACACACACACACACACACACACACACACACACACACACACACACACACACACACACACACACACACACACAUACACACACGUGCUACAUUUUCUCAGCAAUCACUACCAAACAACCAAAUAAAGUAAAAAUUAAAUCGGUGACGUUCACGUGAAUACAUUAGAUGUAAUUUUCACAUUUAGUUAAAUAAUAUUUGAAUAAAAAAUUAUUAUUGAACAAACGAACGUGUUUUGUGUGUAACAAUCCUUCUCGUCGUUCGAUUGCUUCAGUCUGCUCUCCAAACCGGAAGUGAAGGUGAAGCAAGAUGGUGGCCACGCGGAGGGCAGGACUCGUGUCUUCUCCCAAGAAAACAAAAGUGGAGCAGACCUCCGACAUCCAGGCCACGCCCUCCACACGGAGGACAACCAGGAGUUCUGUGGCACAGGUGGACGGUCCCGCUGGCAAAGUCCCGCAGGAGACCGGCGCCCAGCUUCAGGAAGCAGACCUGCGGACGUCGGUGCUGAAGCGAUGCAGCCGAGCCUCCAGACUCCACAGCCCGGAGCAGCCGUGCACCCCGGCGGCCUCGGACAUGUCCGACCUGGAGUCCUGCUGCUCCGACCUAAACGCUCGCGUGACCCGCAGCAGCAGGACGAGACCCGCUAGCCAAGAGGAGGAGGACCUGUCCGAGGCAGAGUCCUCCUCGUCCCUGGCCCAGCAAAAUGUCCGAAGCCUAAGAAAGAAGGUGGACGACAAAAAGGAAGGAUCCAGUAGUCCGGCAGUGUCUGAAGCUGAAGCUCCGAGGACACGAAGCAGGAAGAGCAGGACCGUCAAUUAUGAAGACGAAGAAGAUAGGUCGGAGGCGGAGUCCUGCUCUUCUGCUGUCCAGACCACAAGAACUCUACGAAGCACCAGGAAGACCAUCCCUGUCCCAAAGUCGGUCAGGACAGACGACAGGAAGGUGGAACACAAGGUGGACUUGGCGCCCAAGUCCCGCCAGAGAGUCACUCGAAGUCAAAGAAAAAGUCUCCGUCCUCGACGUUCCUCCCAGAGACGAGCGGAGGACUCCGACGAGCUUUCCGACGCCGAGAGCGUGGAGGCGCCUCAGUCUGCAGUGCGGAGGAGCACCAGGACCAGCAGCUCGGACGAGGUCUUCCUGAGCUCCCCCACACCGAGGAGGACAAGAAGGACCAGUGCGGCGGCAGAGGAGAAGUCAUGUGACUCAGAGAGCUUCGAAUCCGGCCCAGAAUUCAGCAUCGGCACACGGGACAAGACCUGGUCCUCCAGUUCCAAUCCCCCGGAGUCUGACUCGGAGGGAGGCGGGACUCCCUGCAGCAGCCGCACCGGAUCGGGGAGCAGCCGGCGACGCGCUUCGAUUCCUGUGAUGAAGAACCUCUACGUGGUUCUGGAGAACGCUCGAGAGGAGGUCUUACUGGACAACUCGCUUCUGGACACCACGGUGGUCUCCGGAGACGCGGACGGGACGCUGCUGGAGGAAGGCAAGAAGAGCGGCGAGGACUUGAGUGGAGACGUUGGACUUGAAGUAGACGCUCAGGCGGGGGGCGUCACGCUUGAAGACCCGAGGACCGGGGAGGACUCGACUGAAGACGGGAAAGGAGAGGAAGAGGACCCCAGUGAAGUCCUGGCUGAAGCGUCACACCUGGAAGACGGGAAAGGAGAGGAAGAGGACGCCAGCCAAGUCUUGGAUGAAGAGUCACACCUGGAAGACGGGAAAGGAGAGGAAGAGGACACCAGCCAAGUCUUGGGUGAAGAGUCACACUUGGAAGAAGACAAGACCAGUAAGGACUCUGAUGAGGUGGCUGAGGAUGUCCCGGAAGACUGUGCUGGUGAGGCUGCAGUGGCGUCCGCAGACCAGCAGGGUGAGCUGUCUGCUGAAGAGAGGGAGGACGAGCUGGCCUCGGUGCAGGAAGCCAUGGAGGAGGAGGAGGAGAGCAAGUGUGAAGACGUUGUUGACGACACACCUGCCAGACCGUCAGAGGUGGACGUGAAGGACCACGCUGUAGACCGAGGUCCAGCCAAGCGCAGAAAGGCGGCCUGUAAAGAAUUCAGCCUCUCGGUGAGCAGCGAUGAAGAGGACCAAGAGGUGUCAGAGGAAGAGGACGACGCGGGAGAGAUACCGGGCCGCUCCAGGAAGACCCAGGCCGCGCCCGUGUCCCUGGACGGCGUCUUCAUGGUGGACACGCGGGUCGGGGGCGAGGCCAGCGAAGACUACUUGACACAGCCGCUCACCCAGGAGGAGCUGCUUGGCGGGAAGGACGACAAGGAGUUUGUGGAUGAAGAGGACCAAGAUGACCAGGAAGUGGACUUGUUCUGGUCCAGCAACAGAACCUGGGCGAAGAAGUUGUCCACGGUGAUCGACCCCGGUGUGAGUGUGAGACAGUUGGGUGGAUUGUACAUCAACCUCAAUGGCAGCCAAGCAGCAGCUGGACCAAGUUGUACUCACAAACACAAGGAGAAGAAGGUCCAAGACCAGGUGAUGAAGAAGAGCGUGAUGGUGGCGGACUUUGAGAAGAAGGACUCAGUGCCGCCCUACAGCGAGUCCAAACGCGCCUUGAAGAAAAAAAACAGAGAGGAGCGUGAGAAGUCCACAGGAGACGGCUGGUUCAACAUGAAAGCUCCAGAGCUAACCAACGAGCUGCAAGGAGAUCUUAAACUGCUGCAGAUGAGAGGAUCCUUGGAUCCUAAAAGGUUCUACAAGAAGAACGACCGCGAUGGAUUCCCCAAGUACUUCCAGAUGGCCACCGUGGUGGACAACCCCCUGGACUUCUACCAUUCCCGAGUGCCCAAGAAGCAGAGGAAGAGGACCAUGGUGGAGGAGCUGCUGGCUGAUGAAGACUUCAGGCACAAGAACAAGAAGAAGUAUCUCAACAUCAUGGCCGAGAAAGCGGCUCAGGCAGCAGGAAAGAAGAACAGCUACAGGAACCCCAAAUUUGUCAAGAUGUCAAAAAAAGCUCGGAAGUAGAAGCGCAGGAAGAUGAUUUAUAAAUUAUAUCUGCAAAAAAAAAUUUGUUUUCGCAAUUUUAUUUUCCAGGACUUUAAAGCUACAUACAAAAAUAUUGUACAACAGAUAAAUCCACACUUCCUGUACAUGAGUAAUAUUCUUAUGUAAACACUUUGUUUUAAAAUGAUUGUACAGUAUAUCAUUUAUAUUUGGACAAGGCUGAGUAUUAUUGAUUAAUCAUGCUUUUUUUUUCCUAAGUCAAAUGAUGCAACUGUAAAUUAUGACUCAGCAGAAAACACAUUUUUAACCACACGUACCUGACAUGCUUGUUGACAUUAAAAGGUACAUUUCUUCUA